GCUCUCAGAUUUCUCGACCUCUCUCUCUCUCUCGAAGAUUCCAGUAAACCUUUCCGUUUCCUUCUGUGCAGGCUUCUCGAGUUCUCUCUCUAAAAUCCAAUCUCUCUCCAAAAUUUCAUACUUCUCCUUCAAACCGGUUUCUCUCUCUAGAACUCCCUCGCCGCUGCCUUCUGUCUUUCACUUUCUUGAUGAAAACGACUCACUUCCUAGCUCCUCUGUCACUUCCAUGUCCGCCGUCGGUGGGUAUUAUAAGCUCACGGAGCUCUCGGUUUUGUUCAUUUCUUUUUGGGUACCCCAAGUGCUCCGUUUGGUUGCUGAGAGACUGAGAAAAAGGGAUUGAAUCGCUUGGUUGGUUUUUCGGUGAGCAAACAGAACUGGGUUCUGUUGUGUUUUUAUCGUGACUGAUGGAAAUUUGGUGUCUUUGGUUCGAAUCUGCAGCACCCAAGAGGAAAAUACCGCGACCCGUGAAAUACGACGACGAGAACCCGGCGGUUCAAAACAAUCCCAUUUCUUCUACGGCCAAAGUGGUGGCUGAUCAGCCUGCUAAGGUUGAGACUUCCUGUCCGAAUUUGGAAAAAAAACCCAAGGACUCUAGCUGAAAAUGGUGGGUCUUCGUGUGAUUUGCCCCACUCUCAAGCUGUUCCGGCAUCGGUGGAGGCUCAGCGGGAGUCAAUUAGGCCGGAGAGCAACGCGGUGUCGAAGUCAAGGCCAGUGAACGAUGAAUCGGAGAGUCGAAAUGUUAAAACAAGCAAGGAGGAGCCUCAAUCUCCCAAGAAGGAACCUACUGGCAUCAAAUUGGAUGAUAAACGUGAAGAAAUCACACUGACCAAACCGUGAUAAAAUACAGAGAGAUGUGAAGUUCAAGAGAAGGGGACUAAAUCAAUCUUCGAUUUACCUGACCAAUAAUUCAAGAUUCAAGGAAGAUGGUGAAAAUCAGAACCCCAAUCUAUCAACCCCUCCAAUGAACCAAGCUAAGGCCAUGAAGGCAACACUCAAAUCAAGCACAGAGAAGAAGCAACCAAUUGAGAGCACAACGCCGAACAAUGAGGUUUCUGUUGAUGGGUUGAGUUCAAUGAAGAAAUAUGUAUUUAGAUUAGGCUGUGCUCAGGCUCCUUUGGACAAAAGAGUUCCAACCGCUGGGCAAUUACAACGGUCGUUGAGUACUUCCAUCUGCUUCCCUAUGCUGCGAUUUUGUGAGACUGAUAUCCCAGUACUGAAAAUCAUUACUAGAAGUAUAACUGAAACUUGGAGCUUUGGUCUUUGGACUAGGACCUUUGGCUGAUGCCAUCUUCUCAGACUGAAGGUUACCCUCAUAGCCUGAAACAACCCCAUCCUCUGAGAUUGUAACAAGAGCUGGCUUCCAUUGAUGACCACUUCCAGAUUUGGAGCUUCUCCCAUGGGUCGAUCUCGUCAUCCAAUCUCGGGUUCGCGACGACGAUGAGCGGUAACACGAUCCCAACUCCAAGAGGAACUUCAUUAUUCUGGUUAGGUUUGGCUCGGGAGAAAACUCAAGUAUAUAUGCCCUGUGAUUUUGUCAAGGUAUGACAUUUAAUCGGUUUUUUUAGCUUGUAUUUAUAGGGAGAGAGAAGGUUAGGAUUUGUGACGCUGACGUGCAGUGUCUAUUUUCUGAAAUCUUAAUGGAUUUUAUGUUAUUGUGUUGAGUUGUCAUCUUAUCUGCGUAAUCUGAAAGGGUCAAGGGGUCCUAAUACGUUUGGUUUGCCUAAUCCAAUUGUUAAUUACACCUUCCA